AUGGCGAUCGAGUUGAAGAAGCUAUGUUUUCCGGAGAGCUUUGAGAUCGUUCCGGGCCCGGAAGGCUGUUUUGAAUCCAAACUGACAUCCUUGCGGGAUUUUCGCGCAGGAGAAGUGCUGGCCAGACUGGGGCAAGAAUGUCAAAUUACCCAGACGAAGGCGUAUACUUCAGUCCAAUUCGACGACGAGGCCAGGGCCCAGACAAGCGCUCAUUUCGAGCUCAACAGUGAGCUCGUCUACAUCAAUCACAGCUGCCAACCCAACGUGGCGUUCGAGCUUCCUGGCGGGUGGCAGGGCCUGGAAGACGGCCGUUGGUGUCUGAGAUCACUGACCGAAAUCAAAAAGGGAGAAGCAUUAACUUUUGCUUACUUCAGCACCGAAUGGGACAUGGCGCAGCCAUUCGAGUGUCGGUGUCGCUCCGAACAUUGUCUCGGGUGGAUAAGCGGGGCGAAGGACCUGCAACAACAGAUCUUGGACAGAUAUUUCAUCAAUGAGCACAUCAAGCAAAUGAGGCAAGCCGCUCAGUAG